AUGAACCAUCCUAAUAUUGUUCGAGUCUAUCAAUAUUAUCAAAAUAAAACACUUCAUGGUGUUAUUGAAGAAUACUGCUAUUACAGCUUACACUUUGUCAUGCUUAAGUCUCCUAAAGAAGUUCUAUCCUGCCACGAUCGAGUUCGAAUCCUGCUAUCCAUAUCUCGAGCUCUAAAUUAUCUGCAUAACCGUGACAUUGUACAUAAUAACUUAACAAGCCAUGGCGGAUAUCACAGUAUUUUCAACCACGUCAAUCGUGAAAUUAUAGCUAACGAUCUGCGAUUUAAAUGCCAUGCUCAAGGCUAUUACAGCAAGGCUGCACUACAUGGUAAAGUGCAAUUCGAUAACGAUGUCUACAGUUUCGGAGCCGCUUUAUUUUUAAUGGUAAGAGGUGAGGAAUAUUAUAGUGGAGAACAAGAAUAUCUACAGAACAAAGAUUUACUGAAGUCUGAAUCCAACUGGUCCCAAUUAAGAGAUACACGUAUCGUUUAUUGGCCUAAACUGCCUACAUCAUGGUCAUCCCUACGUACUUUAUCAGAAAUAUCAAUAUGGAAGUUGCGUGCUAAUAGCCCAACUCGAACUGUUUUGAGCAAACCAUGGACUACUAGAUACGCGUAUAUAGGUGCAUCUAGUAGUCCAUAG